AUGGCUUCGCAGGUGGGCUAUUCAGCAGUCAUUACACCUGUAUCCAGAGUCCCGCUCGACAUAUGGCUUCAGAUUGCUGAGUGCCUAAUUAUGGGAGACGAUAGAGCCAUUAUUAACGCUUGGCUGAAUGUCCGCCGUGCGAGUCGAAUCCUUCGAAAUGCCAUCGAGACGGUAUUUGCGAAUCAGCUGCUGCCUAUAACCGAGAUCGAGUUCAAAGUCGAUAGCAGAGGUGACUACUUGGAUGGCAUGAUCGAGCGGCGUUUUUUCACCGACGAUGGUGAAGUAAAAGAAAACAAAGGCCUCAUUGAAGGGUUGGUUGUACGCCUUGAUCGCUUCUCCCCGGAAUCUGCCCAGCAUGGCGAUGUGGCGCAGAAUAGGAGGCUCGCCGUCUUCAAGGCCAACGACUUCCGCAUUGAGGUGCUAUGCAAAGGCCGACUGCAGGAAAUGCCAGCAAGCACGGCGGAUCUGGAGACGGCUUGGAGGAUCGACAUGCAGCGUUAUAUCGGCAGUAGCCAUGCGCGCAUCGAGAUAACACCCCACAUCGUCAAGCUGCGAGGCAUUGUCAACGACACAGAGCUGCCAGAUCUCGAGGUCGACUACGAGGCUCAUGAGGUGUCAUUCGAUUGGAAGCAUAUGUUUACCAAACUUCUUAGCGAGGAGAAUUCGGUUAAUCAAAUGCAGGAGGGUUUAUCUGUGUCGGAACAAGUGUUGACAACACUGCGCGGGACUGAGCAGCUCAACUUCCUCGAUCUUCUCGACUACCAGCGCAUGGCAUGGACAGUGGACACCUGUUAUUCUGGCACUGUAAAUCUUCCCUGCCAACUGUGUGCAGCUCAAGGGAACAUUGAGUCUUUCGGAGCUUUUGUCCGAAUCAAGGGACAAGAGUACGCUGCUUCACCUGAACCAAGCUUGCCACCUAGCGCAGAUCCAAGCCUACCACCUCACAGCGAAGGACAGCUGCUACGGUGUCCGACAAUAUGGCGCUUCUUCCGAGAUGUGUUCAACAAGCUCAGUCUUGUACGACGCGAUUUUCCUUUGACUGUUGCACGUGAGCGCUCUGCGCGGCGUAGGGCCCGUGAGUCUAGGCUGAGGCGGUGGUACCACGAACACAACCGAGAUUGGGCUGUCUAUGAGCACGACUGGGUAUCUCAGGCCAGAACACUGCAGAGGCUUCACCUCGUUCGGUUAAAUAGCCGUGAAGGGAACAGGGCUACGGAUCACGAAUGGAAAGAGAAUGAAGAGCGUUUGGAGUGGUACUCUCAACCGCACACCUUACCGUUUUACGUGGAUGAACACGCAGAAGCUGAAGCAGACGAGAUAACCAAGGGGUUUCUAAACCCACAAGUAGAGAGCUAUUGGUAUGGCAUGGCCUUUGAUAAUGAAGAAGGAUGUCUUCUCAUGUAA